UUAUUAACAGCAAUAAUCCCCAUAUGACAGUUUCAGUCCCCCACAGGAAGGUAUUUCAUUCUCUUCCUCCCCAUGUCCAUUCAGUCGCUGCAAGAGUGAGGUAGCUAUAUCAACAUCAUGGAGAAAUAGCAUAUUUUGUAGUAUGAGCCAUAUGAAUUGACCUGUAGAUGUCACAUUGUCCUCUCAGUCGGGCGACAGAGAGGGGAUGUAAGCUACAGUUUAAUAGAGAGGUCGGAGAGAUUAGUUCAGGGGAUAUGUGGGUCAUUGAGAACGGGCGAGGGCCAGAGCCUUGCUGGGGGAACAGACUGGACAGAGAACAGCAGGACCAGAAUAACCAUCCCACCAGGCUCCUGGCCCGGCCCAGACAUCCAGUCAACACCAUCACCUGGCAACAUGGCUCCUGCACAGCACUCCACCAGGACAGGGCACCUUGUUAUCUGUCCUUUGUCAGUAAGGCCAUCUUGUGGGAUCGAGGACUCUACCACUACACAGACCACACUGUCCGUGAUGGACAUCCUUCUCUGUGUCCUCGUUUCCUGGUUCACAUGAAGGCCUGUCCUGCAGACCUCAGAACCCCACAUCUCCUAUCCAGUAACCCCAGGCCACGUCCUCCUCGCCAGGAAUUGACACAACAAAGACACACCCUUGGCGGCCUGAAGACGCAUUCAUGUGCAGACUCCAGGAGCCUGCAGCACUGCAGCACCACCAGAGGGAGGCGCUUAGCUGUUGUUGUUCCCUGUGUACCAGUGCCAGUCUCCCCCUAUCCCAGCAGAGCCUCCGCUGAGCUCUCAGUCUGUCCAAGUCCAACAUCCUCUACUGUCACUGACUUUGGGCAGCAGGGAACUGGAUACAACCCUGCUCCAUCAUCAGCCCUACCUCAUGUCCAUACUCAGAAAGGAGAGAAGGAAAUAGAGGAUGGUGUUAAAGAGAUGGAUGAAGACACUUCGGCUUCCUCAGGGGCCUUCCGCCCUCCAAGCCCAGACCAGGAGCCCAAUUCUGGUCCUGAGGACAUAGACCCCUCAGUUUCUCCAAUCCCUAGUGUCUGUGAGGGUUCUCUCUCAGACUUUAGCCGCCCACCAUCCAGCCAGUUCAGCCGAAGCACAGACCUGGGUAGUGGCCGGAGCAGUCCUCUGUGUGCGAAUCUGAGUGACCUGGACUCAGAGGGUGGCUCUCCUCUCUCCCAGCAUGGCUCCUCUUCCAUGUCCCUGUCUGCUCUGGCCUCCUGCACCCCACAGGACACCCCAGCACACCAGCCCCCAAACCCAGCCCCUCACCACCCUCAGCACCAUCCCCUCCCUCACCAGGCCCAACACUGCCCACCUGACUGGACCACCACGGAGCCCCAGCCAGGCCAUGUCCUCCCACCCUACCCAGACCCAUCCCUGGACCCCAACCCAGACCCUACUACCCUAGCUUUCCCCUCAGACACCUGGCAGUCCUGCCCCAGCCCACAGUGCAGGAUAACUACCCGACCAGGGUCAGGGUUAGGGUCAAGUUUGGCCUCAUCUCCUGUGGUGGUGGAGAGGCAGGACUGGACAUCACACCGCUGGUCAGUCCUUCCCCCCAUCUCUCCUGUCAGAGGUGGCAGUGACACAGUGUCCUCCUGGUCCCGCUGUUCUCAGGUCAGCUCUAGCCAGUCCCAUGUGUUUGAUGAACUGGAGGCCAUCGCCCCGCGGACCGGCUCCUGUCUGUCCCUAGACCAGCCACUCAGCCCAGCAGACUGCAGCCCACCUGGUACAGACAUGUCCCCAGGCCUGGCUGCUCUGACAGUGGGCUGUGACUCAGGGGACCUGGGCUCCCUGUCCCGUGUGCAGCUCCUGCUCCUGGACCGGUCGGACCCUGUGGAGCCCCACUGGCUCGCUGGUCAGGACAUGUACUCCCCAACAGAAGACGGAACAACAGGCCACACAGCGGCGCUCCGAGCCAGAAGACCUCUUAGUCCAACGCUGUAUACUACAGGCGUCCUGCAGCCCCUCACAGCUGGCAGCUGUGGAGACGGCAGUGUGUCUGAAAGGUGUGUCGCCACAGGCAAAGUCCAGGGACGGGGUGAGCACACAAUGCAGUCCCACACCGAGGAUGGUUCCAGGUCACCAUCGUCAUGGAUCAGUGAUUCCAGUCCAUCAGGCACCAUAUCCGGGUCCACCAGUUCCCAAUAUGGGGCGGAGUCCGAGGGAAGUGACCAAACCAGCCAGGCCUUUACCACCUUAAAUGACAGGGGCCCCAGCCCAGACCAGGGGGUUCCAGUGAAGGAGAAACCUGGUUGCCCUGAUCGGGGGGAGCGAGGCUGGGCUUCCACAGGGGUCAGGAGAAGGCCCGGGAGGCUGGAGCGCAGGAUGAGGGAGAAGGAGCGAAAAAGGGAGGAGAGAAAGACAAAGGUGCUAAACAUCUACUCCAGACUCCAGGACAGCGGGCCCCUCCAGCCCAGCCGCAGCAGGGGCCGCUCCAGGUUUGAGGACUUCGACUUCUUGGCAAAGUAUUGCAUUUUCAGCCAGGAGAAGCUGGCAGAAUACAAAAGGGCUUUUGAAGCGGUUGACAGCGAUGCUGAUGGUUACAUUUCCUGCCUGCAAGUGCUGCUGGCACUAAAGAAGAUCAUCCCUCCAGAGCUGCUAACUGAUGAAGAAGAGAUAUAUGUCUACAGGAUCCUGGAGAUGGUGGAUUUCAGGGUGACAGAUGGACUUACAGACCUGAGGCUCUUUGCUGUGAUUGCGAGCCUGGCGCAGAAAAUAGCUACCAUGGAUGUAUUUAUGCGUUCCCUGAUAAGCAAAAUGGACUUCCAUUCUUUGGCAUUAAAGCUAUACAAAGCAAAGCUGUUCAUGUUCCUGCUGGAGGGGCAGUCAGGGGGCGCUGUGGCCCAGCAGGGCUGUAUCAGCGCAGAGCAGCUCCUGGUGGAGCUAAAGGCCGGGGGCAUCCGACCAGAACAAGAGGAAGCCAUCAAACAGGAGCUCCGACACAUCAGCUCCCUGGACCUGCUGGACUUCCUGGCGUACCUGCCCCUCUUCGUCCUAAUCCACAACUCGGUCAUCGCCAACCCACUGGAUGACUCCAGCAACCUGUGAUGUCAUCGGCUACAC